AAGAAAACGAGUAGAGAAUAUAUAUAUAUACUUACUCGCCGGAAAAAUACACAUAUAUAAAUUUACGUAAGAAAUUGCCUAUAAACAAGAGAGGAGGGUCGUGAGAGGUCUAGGAAUACUUCCCAAUAAAUUCCAGACCGAUUCGUAGUCACCGGAGCAUCCUAGAGGUCGCCGGAGUUGCAAGCCGUGGAAACGGGUCUUCAGAAAAGACACGAUUUUGCCGUAGAUAGGGGUGGCGGAGCUUCUCCUUGACGUGAGGAUCAUUUUGCAACUGGAAUCGUCGAAAUCCGUUACCUAAGGAGAAUUCAAGUGAAGAUCAAGCUAGAGAUUUUAUUAAGGAGAUUAUCACAAUUUAAGAUAUCAUGGCACCGAGAAGAGACCCCGAUAACACGCCCACCAAUGCUGAGUUGGCACAAAGCGUUCAACAACUGGCACAAUUUAUGCACACAUUGGGUGCUACUGUGCUCCAGAACAACCAAAACCAGAACAACGGGAAUGAUGCCGCAAAACGAGUGGCAUCUCGCAACCCUCCAAGCUUUCAUGGGCAAGAAGAUCCUCGUAUCCUCGAGAAUUGGCUCCGACUCUUUGACAAACUCUUCGACGCGGUGAGCUGUCCGGAAGAGCAAAGGGUUGACAUUGCUGUUUACUAUUUACAGCAAGAGGCAGAUAACUGGUGGGUCUCAUCAGGCCCAACUUUACGUCAACAACCUGACUUCAAUUGGGAAGCUUUCAAGAUUGCCAUGAGGAAACGUUUUUAUCCUGCACACGUUCAGGCCACCAUGCGUGAUGAAUUCAUACAUUUGAAACAGAUGGGCAUGAGUGUCCAAGAAUAUCACAAUAAAUUCGUGGACCUCGCGCCAUUUGCGAAAACAAUAGUGCCUGAUGAAAGCACCAAAGUUGAGAAAUUUAUCUACGGAUUAAACUAUGAUACGCAGAAAAUCGUCGCUGUUUUGGGUUGCCAAACUCUGACUGAUGCUUAUGAUAGAGCUGCAGUUCACUAUCGAGUUCAGCAAAUACAAAGAGAGAGGAACCAGAAGAUGAAGAGGGACGAAGAUGGAGGUCGAGGAGAAAAGAGGGUCAGAGUGCACCCACCUACACAGCAACAAGAAGGGAGGAGGAGGAGAGAUGACCAAGGUGGAAGAAAUUUCCACAGUCAAAACCAACAAAAUGAUCGAAGAGCUGCUCCCAGAGAUAGGCACUUCUACUGCAAGAGGUGCGGGAGAGAUCAUCCCGGUGUUAACUGCGAUGGAAGCCUGACAAAAUGUUUCAAUUGUGGGAAGCUAGGGCACCGAACCUUCGAGUGUCUCUCAAAGACCAAUGGGGCACCAGUGAACCAGGUGCAAUACCGUAUUGGAGGAAGACCAGAUAUGAACCAAGCUGGGCCAAAUGGAGGACAAAAUAACAACAACAAUGCCGCCGCCAACAACAACAACCGCAACCCUCGAGGAGGAGGGGAGAAUAAUCAUGGCAAUGGCAAUGGCGGGAACAAUGGCAACGGCGGAAACAACGGCAACCGUCCGAACCAAGGGCGAAUCAUGGUGAUGAAUCAGGCCCAAGCCAAUGCUAAUGAUGUGGUUUCAGGUACAUUCCUUGUAAAUUCUGAGCCUGCUUAUGUUCUAUUUGAUUCUGGUGCUUCUCACAGUUUCAUAUCUUCUAGUUUCAUUAAGAAAUUGAAGAUUGAACCAACGGCUAGAAUAGACUUGAAUGUAAGAACCGCCUCAGAUAAAUUUGUAACUUGUGGAAAUGUAUACUCCAACAUUCCCAUACUCAUAUCUGAAUCCAACCUACCUGGAGAUUUAAUCCAAUUUGACUUAAAAGAUAUUGACAUAGUACUGGGCAUGGAUUGGUUGGGGAAAUACAAAGCCAGGAUCCUCUGUGAUGAACAGAAGGUGAUCUUGAAGGGUCCAAAUGGGAAGCGAAUAUCUUACAAAGCAAUCACAUCCAAGCCUAGUAUGAGGCUGAUGAGUAUGCAACAAUUAAGGCGACAUAUCCGAAAGGGGUAUGAAACAUACCUGUGCUUUAUGAAAGAGGUGAAUACAGGGGAGCCAAACAUUGACCAAAUUGCUGUAGUCAAUGAAUUUCCGGAUGUAUUUCCGGAAGAGAUUCCAGGGAUGCCACCCGAGAGAGAAGUUGAAUUCUCAAUUGAGUUGAUGCCCGGAACCGCGCCAAUUUCAAAAGCACCUUACCGGAUGGCACCGAAAGAAAUGCAGGAGCUGAAGGAACAACUAGAGGAGUUGUUAGAGAAGGGGUACAUAAGACCGAGUGUCUCACCUUGGGGCGCUCCGGUCUUAUUUGUCAAAAAGAAAGAUGGGAGUCUAAGGCUAUGCAUCGAUUACCGAGAGUUGAAUCAAGCAACUAUCAAGAACAAGUAUCCAUUGCCCCGAAUUGACGACUUGUUUGAUCAAUUGAAGGGGGCUAGCACAUUCUCUAAGAUAGACUUGCGCUCUGGAUAUCAUCAAGUGAGGAUAUCCGAAAAAGAUGUACCAAAAACAGCAUUCCGCACGAGGUAUGGACACUACGAGUUCACUGUGAUGCCGUUUGGUUUAACAAAUGCACCGGCGGUAUUCAUGGACCUAAUGAACCGUGUAUUCCGACCUUAUCUUGAUACAUUUGUGGUGGUAUUCAUCGAUGAUAUUCUUGUGUAUUCAAAAACUCCGGAGGAUCACGAGAAACACUUGAGACUCACGUUACAAACUUUGAGAGAGAACCAGUUGUAUGCCAAACUCUCAAAGUGUGACUUCUGGCAGGAUCGGGUAGCGUUCUUGGGUCACAUCAUCACCCAAGAAGGCGUAUCCGUAGAUCCAUCGAAGAUUGAAGCGGUGGUUGAAUGGCGUGCACCUACCUCGGUCACAGAGGUAAGAAGUUUCUUGGGUCUAGCGGGAUACUAUAGGAGAUUUGUUAAAGAUUUCUCCAAGAUAGCAAGACCGCUAACCAAUCUGACAAAGAAGACAACCAAGUUCCAAUGGAAUGAAGAUUGUGAAGCAGCAUUCCAAGAGUUGAAGAAAAGACUCACAACUGCACCGGUCUUGACACUACCGUCAGGGACGGAGGGAUUUGAUAUUUAUAGUGAUGCAUCCAAAAGGGGGUUGGGGUGUGUGCUAAUGCAAAAUAGGAAAGUGGUGGCUUAUGCAUCAAGACAACUAAAGGUGCAUGAAGUCAAUUAUCCUACCCAUGACCUGGAGUUAGCUGCAGUAGUGUUUGCUUUGAAAAUCUGGAGACAUUACCUAUACGGAGCACAUUGUAAGAUAUACACUGACCACAAAAGCUUGAAGUACAUAUUCACUCAAAAAGAGCUUAACAUGAGGCAAAGAAGAUGGCUCGAGCUUAUCAAUGAUUACGAUCUAGAAAUCCAAUACCACGAGGGAAAAGCUAACGUGGUGGCAGAUGCUUUGAACCGGAAAUCUGAGCACUCAUGCCGAGCAACAUGGAUAUUACCAGAAGAACUAUUCCGAGACUUUCAAAGAUUGAGCUUGGAAGUAAAGCAAUAUGGCGAAGUAGAUGGUGAAAUACAGUCAUGUACUAUGACUGUUAUACCAUCUACCUUUGACGAAAUCAAGAACGGACAACCGGGAGAUGUAAAGCUCGAAAGAGUCAAGAAAGGAAUGAAAGAUGGCGUCAACGGACCAUUUAAGAUGCAUGAAGAUGGGAGCAUCCGAUACAAGGGAAGAUGGUGUGUUCCACUGAAGUGUGCAGAUAUUAAAAAACAAAUCAUGGAGGAGGGACACAACACGCCCUACUCGGUACAUCCCGGGGGAGACAAACUAUACAAAGACCUCAAGAAGAACUUUUGGUGGCCGGGAAUGAAGAAAGAAGUAGCUGAAUUUGUAUCCCGAUGUUUGAACUGCCAAAAAGUCAAAGCGAAAAGAUGCAAACCCAAGGGACUCGUGCAACCCUUGGAAGUACCAACAUGGAAAUGGGAUUCAAUCUCAAUGGACUUUGUCGGGGGUUUACCUUUAACAAAGUCCGGGAAAGAUAAAAUUUGGGUGGUAGUGGAUAGAUUGACCAAAACUGCAAGGUUCAUUCCUAUGAAUGAAACCUGGAGCAUGGAGAAACUGGCAAAAGCCUAUGUCAAACACGUGGUCAAACACCACGGAGUACCUCAAGACAUCGUAUCAGACCGAGAUUCACGAUUCUUAUCCCAAUUUUGGAAAGAAUUACAAACGGCUAUGGGAACAAAAUUGAAGUUAAGUACUGCUUUCCAUCCAACCACGGACGGACAGACCGAAAGAACAAUCCAAACAUUAGAAGACAUGUUGAGGGCAUGUGUUCUUGAUUUGCAAGGAUCAUGGGAUGAACACCUAGACUUGGUAGAGUUUUCGUACAAUAACAGUUACCAUGCUAGCAUCAGAAUGGCCCCAUACGAAGCUCUAUAUGGUCAAAAGUGUAGGAGUCCCUUAUGUUGGGGUGACAUGGUCGAUCAGGUGGUUCUAGGACCACAAUACUUGCAAGAUACUAUUGAGAAAAUCAAGGUCAUCCAAGAAAGGAUGAAGGCUGCCCAAGACCGACAGAAAUCAUAUGCCGAUCUUGGGAGAAAACCAGCUGAAUUCGAACUAGGGGAGAAAGUUCUACUCAAAGUCUCUCCUACAAGAGGCGUAAUGAGGUUCGGGAAGAAAGGGAAACUAAGUCCGAGAUUCAUCGGACCCUAUGACAUCCUAGAGAAGGUGGGAAAAGUGGCAUAUCGAUUAGCUCUACCCACGGAGUUGGAUAAGGUAACAACCGAUUUGAAAUCAAAUACUUCUCUACGAUUAAAAUACAUUCUUAACAUACCGAUAUAUGCUAGGUACAUAACGUCUUUCACGUAUCACAAUUAAAGAAGUAUGUUCGAGAUGAGUCACAUAUCAUCAAUCCGGAGGUGAUUGAAAUGGAUGAGACAUUAUCCUACGAAGAAAAACCCAUAGAGAUUCUCGAUACUAAGACCCGAGAGACAAGGAAGAAGACAGUUAAGAUGGUAAAAGUACUUUGGUCAAACCAUUUGACCGAGAAUGCAACAUGGGAGACAGAAGAGGAUAUGCGUAAACGGUAUCCUGAACUUUUCAAUUAAGGUAAAUAUUCGGUUACGAGGACGUAACCUUUCUUGGGGGGCAGGUUGUCAUAUCUUAUAAACCUAUAAUAAUUCAUCUUCAUACUUAAUUCGCGUCUUAGUUUAUGCUUCGAGGACGAAGCAUUCUUUAAGGAGGGUAGAAUGUGAUACCUUGAAAAUUUGAAAUAAAAAUAAAUAAAUAAAUCAGAUAAGUUAUAUCUGAUAAAUCAAAUGAAAGUAAGAUCAAAAUAUUUUUUUAUACUUGGUGUAUAAAAAUAUACGCACACUACAUGCAAUGAAAAUUAAACACUUAUGUGGCAUCGGAAAAAAAUAAAAUAAAAUAAAUAAAAAUAAAAAUAAAUCAGAUAAAAUAUAUCUGACAAGGUAAAUAAAAAUAAAUAUCAAAGUAUUAUAAGUGACAUUUUGUAACAUGUAAUAAUAUACAUAUACACAUAAAAUGUAACUUGUGGAUAACAAUCAUACACAUAGGUGUUCACAAUAAUACAAAUAGAGGUAAUAAUAUAUGCAAUGAACUUGCGGACUAGACUUAGAAUGAAUUAGAACAACCAACAUUUACACAUGCAUGUUCAUAAUACUAUGUAUAAUAAUAUUGAAUAAUAAUGAAGAAAUAAUUCAAACCAAUCACUCCAUGUAUGAUUCAGCCUAGAAUGAUCGAUCUACAGCUAUAAAUACAGCUUCCUUCCCAUUCUAAAUCACCACAAAGUGAAGAAAACGAGUAGAGAAUAUAUAUAUAUACUUACUCGCCGGAAAAAUACACAUAUAUAAAUUUACGUAAGAAAUUGCCUAUAAACAAGAGAGGAGGGUCGUGAGAGGUCUAGGAAUACUUCCCAAUAAAUUCCAGACCGAUUCGUAGUCACCGGAGCAUCCUAGAGGUCGCCGGAGUUGCAAGCCGUGGAAACGGGUCUUCAGAAAAGACACGAUUUUGCCGUAGAUAGGGGUGGCGGAGCUUCUCCUUGACGUGAGGAUCAUUUUGCAACUGGAAUCGUCGAAAUCCGUUACCUAAGGAGAAUUCAAGUGAAGAUCAAGCUAGAGAUUUUAUUAAGGAGAUUAUCACAAUUUAAGAUGAUUAUGAUUAUGAAGAUUGAUGUACUUGCUGCCCGAGUGUUCCGCUAGUUGCACACGUUUGAUUAAUUGUUAUUGUUUAAAUUUGUAAUCCAUAAACUUGUUAUAAGUUUUACCCGAUGGCUACUUGAAUUUAUGGUGGAUAGCCUGUGCACUCAAUCAUGUAUAGGUUGAGUGUGGCGGUGACACACCUGUUUUUCCAUUAAAGACUUCCGCUGUACUCUAAAUAUAUUUUAUAAUAAAGAUGUUUUCA